AUGGCGACCCCGAAUUCUAUAGCACGCACUGCCCCAAUUGCCAUUGCUUCUAAGAAACCCCAUUUAGAUACAAUCCUCGAUACUCCGAACAAUUCUUCAAACGGCAGAGAUAUCUCUAGUCUGUCGACGAGUAUGAGUAGUGUGGCAUCGAUGGACCUGGGAAGUAAUAUGAGAAGUCGAAAGGAUAGACCUUGUGAUGCUUGUAGGAGGAGGAAGAGUAGAUGUGUGAUCAAUGAGGGGCAGUCUACUUGUGUUCUUUGUCAAUUUCAUUCGCAGGAUUGCACCUUCGUGUCAAGUCCACAACCUAGAAAGAGGAAGCUUAAUGGGGAGGGCAAGGAAGAAUCUGUUGCUAAAAGAAGAUCUCCAGACAGAAGUUUCGAGAGGAUCAGACCCCAUGAAUCUAGCAUAUCGAGUACCGGUGCCACCAAUUCGUUGACAGAAGACAUGGCAAAUAUUGGGGGCCCGACAUUAUUAAAGCGGACACUGGGUUUACAACAUGAUCGAUACAGCCAAUACAUUGGCCCAACUACAGACUUCGAGCCCUCACUCAUUGACCUUUCAUUAUUUGAUCCACAAGAUGAGAGUUUAUUAUCAAGAGGAACAUUGAGAAAAGUUAGCGAUGUUGAUACAUUUUUGAUGCUUCCGGAUCAUACGACUCCCGGUCACGAACAUCAGAUUGAGGAUGCGGACGCUAUUGAAGAUCUCGUGGCACCCCAUGGCCCCUUACUACUGGACUUAUAUUUCCGCAUCAUUCAUCCAAACUUUCCCAUCCUUCAGAAAAAUGUGUUCUUGGAGAAAUACAACAGAUCGUACCGAGAAUUUUCGCCACCUCUUUUGGCAGCCGUAUAUAUUCUCGCGAUCAAUUGGUGGGACCACAGUGAAGAACUUGCCCAUCUCCCUAGACCCAAUCUUAAGGAGUUGGAGCGGUUAGCGAGAGUUACUUUGUCGGACGCUAUGAACAGGCCUAAGUUAUCAACUGUACAAGCCGGACUCUUAUUAUCCCAGGCCCCAGAAGGUGAUCAAUGGGCACCAACCGCACAACUCGUAGCCAUAGCCCAAGAACUAGGUCUGCAUCUUGACUGCUCGAAUUGGAAAAUUCCCCCAUGGGAACGCGGACUUCGCAAACGUCUCGCUUGGGCUUUGUAUAUGCAAGAUAAAUGGGGAUCGUUAGUCCAUGGACGUCCAUCCCAUAUCUUCGCUACGAACUGGGCCGUUCUCCCACUAUCCCGGAACGAUUUCCCGGAUGUCGAACAUGAUGAAACGGAUAAUGAACAAAGUGCCGAGCACGAACGUGGCCGACUCCUUUUCAGCCAAAUGAUCAUUCUCUCUCAGAUUCUCUCCGAAGUCCUAGAUAUCUUCUACACGCUAUCCGCCAUGUCUAACGUCACCAAUGCUGGGGCCCAGGGCACACAUCUUGUUCUCCAACUCGCGAAACCUGUACAACUCAAACUCAAAGAUUGGUACUCGGCGCUCCCCGCCUGCCUCCGCAUGGACGCUCCUCCCACCUCGUCGAAACUAUCCUUAUCUUCCACCGGUUUCCUGCAUCUCGCGUAUUUCGCUACGGAAAUCACCCUUCAUCGGCGCAUCAUUCGAUCCCUAUCGCCUUCCGCCAACUCCUCCAAUACUCACAUCAAAAUCGAAGGGCAAUCGUGUCCUCCCCAAUUAGAACCCUAUAUCACCCACAUAUGUCGCAGCGCCGCCAAAACCCGCCUAAUAUCCGCCAUGGAUUUCGUGAACCGACUCACGACGAGUCACUUGAGGGCUUUUUGGUAUUUUGCGAGUAAAACAAAUUUUGCGCUGAUAGGAACGUUUGGGUCGUUGUUGUGGGCGACGGCACCGGGGCGAGAGGAGGCAGAAUGGUAUCGGAGGAGGUUGGGGGAAUACAGGUGGACGUUGGGUGUUAGUUGUAAAGGGGGCGAGUUGACGAGGUGGGCGAUGGGAAUGUUGGAUACGAGUACGGGGUUAUUGAAGGGGUUGCCGGAGAAACCGGCGUUGAGUAGAGUGAGCAGUGUGGGCGAGGGGAUGGAAAUAAAUGGGGGUGUGAGGAGAGUUGGUGGCUACCCGAUGGUGCCGAUCGCAUAUGUAGGCGGGAGUUUACCCACUGGUAUUGGCGGCAUGGGAUUGAGUGGAGGAAUGGGAAUGGGAAUGGGGAGGGGUCUUGGAGGUGGUACCGGGUUUGGGAUUGAGGGGACGGGAAGUAGGGGUACCGGGAGGGUGGUUACGGGUGUCGAUGAGGAUAUGACGGGUUUAGCGGAGAGUAGUGGGUUGGUCAGCCCCAGCACGAGUGUCAGCAGCAGCGAGGAGAGUAGAGGCGAUCGUUACGACGCUUAUAUGUUACCUCGGCCGAGAUUUGUGGAAGACGGAUAUUAG